GCAGCCUUUAUUUUGUCACAUGUACUAUACAUUACAGCACAGUGAGAUUCUUUUCUUUGCAUAUGCCAGCCUGUUAGGAAGCUGGGGUCAGAGCACAGGGUAAGCCAUGAUACAACAUGAUACCCCUGGAGCAGAGAGGGUUAAGGGCCUUGCUCAAGGGCCCAACAGCAGUAGUUUGGCAAUGCUGGGGCUUGAACCAGAAACCUUCUGAUCUGUAACCCACAGCCGUAAGCAUUGAGCCACCACUGCCCUAAUUUUUUCCCAUACAGAGACUCAUAAAAAUAUACUUAUUAAAGUAAUAAAGUAGUGAAUACGCGAUGCUCAAAACGUUGACUUUGUUAUUGAGCAACUGUGAAACGAACCAACACGGCUCUCAGAAUCAGAAUCGACACUCGGAACCGACUCACCGACUCCUGAGCGCCCUCUGGCUCUUCCAAAACUUUCUGGUCUCCGUGCGAUUUCCUCCUCCUACUUGUUUUCACUUCCUGUUUUGUAAAGGGAGUCACUCAACAUAGAUUCGUUCAUUUCAGCUUUCCCGUGCUGUCUUUUUCCUUAGUUUCACACCCAGCCGGUUUACUGAAAGCUCUAAUAUUGAUCUUUUUAAUGGCGGAUGGAUUGAUGAACUGUCUGCUAUCCGCAGCCCUGAUGGAUUUUACCUAGAUGUUUUUGUUGGGCAGAAUGGUCCUUGCUCUUCUCUUUGCUGGAGUAAUUCUGAAUCCAGUUUAAAACUUUCCAGCCUUUGUUUGUUAAAAAUAAAAACCAGCCAUGUCACAGCUGUAGAGGAAGUUGCGUCGCGUGUUUGCAGUGUCGCCUUGUUUUGUUUGUGCGAACUUUUUUUUCUUGUACGGUUUUUUUUUUUUUUUUUUUAUCCCUCCGGUGCUGAGCGUUGCCAUGGCCGAGCUGAACGCGGCGCUGUGCUGCUGUUGCCGGAAGGCGCUGCCGGUCCCCGGUAAAGCUCGGGACGGUGCUCGGUCACUCGGUCGAUGCCGGCUGGUUGACGUCGCCUCGGCGUCUAACUUCCACAGCUUCUCGCUGCGACACUUCCACCUGGACCUUCGGGUGAACUUCGGCCUGAAGAGGAUCACCGGCUGGCAGGUGCUGGAGCUCGCGACGCUGCAGCCCGGUGUACAGGCGCUGGUUCUGGACGUGCACCCGUCUUUACUCAUCCACUCUGUGGACUGCAAGGUCCCAGGCACGUCCGGAUCUCCCGAUAUCAUCUUCUCGCUCUCUUACAAAGUCGAGCCGUUCACCGACUACGGGUCCUCGCUCCGCAUCACGCUCCCCGCAUCUGCGAUCCGGCCACACCGUCCCUUCCGGGUCACCCUCCGCUACACCACCACAGACGGACCUGCGAUCUGGUGGUUGGACACACAGCUUACGUGUGGUCAGACGCAGCCGUUGGUCUUCACUCAGGGUCACUCUGUGUGCAAUCGUUCCUUUUUCCCCUGCUUUGACACUCCAGCUGUCAAAAGCACCUACUCUGCUAACAUCAGGGUUCCCGAUGGAGUGACGGUGCUAAUGAGUGCCUCCAGGAGUGUAUACUCUAAGCAGGACCGGCUGUUCCAGUUCUCUAUGGAGUACCCUGUUCCUGCCUACUUGGUAGCCCUGGUGGCUGGAGAUCUACAGCACGCUGACAUCGGGCCCAGGAGCCGUGUGUGGGCUGAGCCCUGUCUCCUGACCUCUGCUGUUAGUAAGCUGGGAGGCAGCGUGGAACGCUGCCUCGAAGUGGCCGAGCAGCUCUUUGGCCCUUAUGUGUGGGGCAGGUACGACAUUGUAUUCCUCCCCCCUUCAUUCCCUAUCGUGGCGAUGGAGAACCCGUGUCUCACCUUCAUCAUCUCCUCCAUUCUGGAGAGUCAGGAGUUCCUGCUGAUUGACGUCAUUCAUGAGAUCGCUCACGGCUGGUUCGGAAAUGCCGUCACCAACGCCACCUGGGAGGAGAUGUGGCUGAGUGAGGGACUAGCCACGUACGCACAGAGACGCAUCACUACAGAGGUUUAUGGCGAAGCCCUAACCUGUCUGGAGACCGUCUUCCGUUUGGAUGCGCUGCACAGACAAAUGCGUCUUCUUGGUGACAACAAUCCAGUGAGCAAGCUACAAGCCAAGUUUGAACCAGGGGUUAACCCCAGCAGUCUGAUGAACCUGUUCACCUAUGAGAAAGGCUUUUGCUUUGUCUCGUACCUCUCGCAGCUGUGUGGUGACAUCAAAAGAUUUGACACUUUCCUCCAGGCCUACAUCGAGCAGUUCAGGUUCAGCAGUGUGGUUGCUCAGGACCUGCUAGAUUUCUUCUUGGGCUUCUUUCCUGAGUUGAAGGAGAGCUGUGUAGCGCAGCGAGAGGGACUGGAGUUUGAGCGCUGGCUGAAAGAGUGCGGCCCUCCUCUGUGCGAGCCGGAUCUUUCCGCUGGCGGUAUGUUGACUGGGCCGGUCCAGCACCUUUGUGAACUCUGGGGCAUGGAGUCACCUGAUCGCGAAGCCAUUGCUAACUUUGACCUCUCCACAUGGAGCACCUUCCAGACCGUUCUCUUCCUGGACCGAUUACUGGACCGCUCACCUCUGCCACAAGAAGUGAUGAGUCUCCUAUCGAGCUGCUACUCGGUUAUGCUGGACGGCAUGAAUGCCGAGGUGCAGAUACGCUGGCUGCAGGUCGUAGUGAGAAACAGCUUCUAUCCUGACCUGCAUCGUAUUCGCAGUUUCCUGCACAAACAUACCUCGCGCAUGUACACUGUGCCUCUGUAUGAGGACCUGUGUGGAGGAGUUCUGAAGUGUUUCGCUGUCGAGGUGUUUUACCAAACGCAGGACCGCUUACACCCCAACCUACGCAAGGCGCUGCAGCAGAUUCUAUUCCAAACUGGUGCGGCAAGCACCUCUAACACCCCGGCCCUGGUCGGCCCAGCUCAGUCCACUCCAUCGCCACCCCCAGACCCACCCACUAAUGGGACAAUGCCACUGCUCGAUGUCAAUGUGUCCGCGUGACA